AUAAAACGUGAAAUUCGUUUAAAACCUACAUUUGAUUAUUGAGCCAUCUUAAACGAGAUCUAUGCCAAAUUAAGGGGCUGAACGUCAGAAUUAUGUGGGGCAUAGGGGUGUUUAUUUCCCUAUCAGUCUUAAAUGUUAUAUGUCAAGAGGAUUCCUUAAGGUCCGCUUUAAAUGCCAUUGAUCGUCGCCAGGAAGAAUAUCCUAGAUACGAGGAUGGGGAAUAUGGAUAUCCGAUGGAUAGACCAGAUGAUUUGAGCUUUAUUAAGGCCGCAUCAGAUUAUAAUUCUGAUAAGGAAUCGAUGCUAGAACACGCACUGUACGACUAUCUGGACGACCAAGACCAGGAUGAUAUGAAGAAACGCAUUUCUUCUUCCUUCCGCGAACGAGUCGAGGAAGACAGACAAAAGCAGAUCGAGGAACUGGCAAGAAACUACCUGGCAAACUUGGAAAACGAAGAGGAAUAUGAAAACGAAAAUGGCAAUUACGAAGACCUCAUCCGUGAGCUGUGGGAAAAAUACCGGCGAUAUCCUCAACCUUCUGCUUACUCCGUCGCUGAAAGAAACAAAAGGUACUACCCUCAAUUUGGAAUUGGAGAAAGCAUGGGGUUGCGCAAAAGAAACAGGUACUACAGCUCAGACACUCCCACCGAUUCGUCGUUGUACUUAAUGAACUAUGUACCACGUGAAGACGUUUACAAUCGAUUGCAAGAGGACUCAAUCGAUAACUCACCCUACAAGCAGUACCGUGAACGGCGAUUCAAUAAGCUAAGACAACACGGCUAUCAACAAAUCAAAAGGUUCCCCGUAACCAAACGAAGUAGCGACUACCUUCAAAAAGAUAAACCGUCAACGACCAAACCCGACGCCAAAAAAGAAACCGACCCGAAGGUCGCCAAGGAACUGAGCAACGUGUUCGGACUCGACACCACCACAACAACUACUGCCAAACCGACAAAAAACAAUAAAAAGGAGCAUAUCGUGACUGAAAAGCCCAAGAAGACCAAAAAGGAAAAGGAACAAAAACCUCAGCGACCGGAGGAGACCAAGGAAGUAGCCCUGCCAUCGAACAACGAGAAGCCGCUCCAAAUUAAGAAGAAAUCGAUCGAUUGGUCCGAUUAUUUCGGUCUGGACAGGCGCAAGAAGGCCGAGGCGCCCGAAAAUUUGAACAAUGAAUGGCUGAUUGAAAGAUACCACAAGGCGAUCGCGAUGGCUUCGAAGAGGAACGCCGAACUGCCGCUGCAGUCGUUCAAAAAUCACGACAUGCCGGACAAGAAGGAGAGCGCCGACGACAAGGUCCAAACCGAGGAGGAACGAAUCAGCGAGAUGGACACGAAACUGAAGAACAUGGAAGACACGAUUGUCGACGACGCGUUGAAGUACACGGGCGCACACGAAGGUGCGACGGACUCCAAAGAGGUGCAGGAGGUUAAGAACAAAGUGAUUGCCAGAUUGGCCGCCGCGUACAGCUUGGAGAAGAUGCGGAACGCUUUGGGCGAAUACAAGCUGGCCGUGGCCAAGGAACGUGAGAGACUUAAGCAACAGAGGAAGGCGGAGGCUGAGUCGACGUUUCAGGAGGAGAAGAGAACGUCUGUCGCAAGGAAGCAAGCCGUUGAUGAAAGGAAGAACCAAGAGAUGGAUAAUAAUAUCAAAUGCACCCAGGGCAACACCGAGGAGUGCUUGGAGCAGAACUACGGAGCCUCGGCUGAACUGCUCGAGCACCACUUUGGACAAGAUGAAUGUCCGGUGAUUGAAAAGGCUUGCAAUGAAGUCGCUCUUAUUUUGGGGAAAAAAGGACAUGUUUUUGAAAAAGCCUGCAAUAUGUACCAAAUGUGUUUGAUUUGUACGAAUAAUAUUGGGAUGUCUCCGAUCCAUCACUGCAACGGUUUGUUUUUGGCUAAGGCGAAUGAAUUGUGUCACCCUGAUGAGAAUUGUCAACGUGAUGCGAAGAGUUCCUUGCGAUUUUUGUUAGAUAUUAAUAGAUCACUUCAAGCUGACACUUCAACUCAGGAACAAUGUGAGUCACAUUGUCCCAACAUGGAAACAUUGUCGGAACUCUUCGAUUUGCGAUAAAUGUCCUCAUAAUCAAAUAUAGAUGUCUGGUUUUGGAUUCACUUCAUCAUUAAUCAACAUCUUAAAUGCUGAAGCAUAAUGCGACCUAAUAUAUCUCUUCAACGUUGAUAUCUCAAUGUUGUAUAAUUGUACUUAUCAUAUAUGUAUAUGUAUAGUUAAUAUUGCUUCAGAUCAAGAAUAAAUUUGUUGUUAUUAAAUAUAUUUAAAUUAUGUUUAAACAAUGGUCUGAUACCUUAAAUAUAAAUAGAUGUACUCUAUUUCUAGUAGAAUAUGUGGUUAUCAAGAUAUUGUCCAAUAUGAUUACCAACAAACUGUUAUUGUUUUAUAAAGUUUCAAUUGUAUUAGACUUGUACUUUUCGUGACAAUAAAUAUUAGUAACAGUU